AUGUGUAGUGAUGACCCGGAUUUCCGCCCCGCAGUGGUGGCCAUUCGGUCUGCCGUGGCAUCUUCGGCACAGCCGCAGCGAUUCGUGUUCCACUUCAUCACGACUCCGGAACUGCAAGCUCGCUUCCUGAUCGUGGCAAAGCUACAACUUCCAGGCAUACGAUUGGAGGUGCAUGCUGACGAAGAGCUGCAGCAAGCCAUUCAGAGCCGAAUCAAAUUUCGCAAGGGAGCAGGCCGCAAGGUGCUUGCAAGUCCAUUCAACUUUGCCCCGUUUUACCUGCCACACUUUCUGCUGCCAUCCAGCCAGACAUUCACCGAGCAGACAGAGAGGCUGGUAUACUUUGAUGCCGACAUCGUCAUUCUUGGCGACCUAGCCCAGCUGUUUGAUAUGGACAUGCAGGGAAAGGUUUGCGCAGCUGUUCCAUACUGCCACCAGCAGCUCAAGUCCUAUAUCAAUUUCGACGUCCUCCACGACUUAGGCUACGAAGGGAUAAACCCGGACUCCUGCAUCGCCAACCGGGGUCUGCUGCUCCUCGAUGUAGUGGCUUGGAACAGCAUGAGGAUCACGGAGUCCAUUGAGAAAUGGCUUGAUGUUUAUCGUGCUUCUGAGAUAGACCUUUGGGUGGGGGGCAUGUCCCAACCUCCUUGGCUGCUGGCUAUGAACGGCAACUACACUCGCCUGUCCGAUGAAUGGAACUGCAACAGCCUGGGGCGACAUUCCAUGAUCCCAGCAGAGGCAGCUGUGCUUCGAAACCUGGG